AUGCUGCAGUCGAAGCGAGUGCUGGGUCCGCGCUGGUCUCCCAAGGAGCUACGAACGUUCUACAUCCUACUCAAGGCGCACGGGCAGCAAUGGGACAAGCUCGUGGAGUGCCUGCCGCUGCGCUCUGAGGCUAUGGUGCGCGCGUUAUUUGAGAUGCAUCGCGGGUACUUGUCGCUACCUGAAGCAUCAGCCGAGGGCUUCUGUGCCAUCAUGAUGGACCGCUACGAGAUGCAGGACGAGAUGGAGCAGCGUAAGACCAAUGCAUCAGCCUCUUUGAGUCUUGAUGUGGACGGAGACGUCAUCAUGGACGUCAAGCAGGAGAUCGGAGACGGUCAGGAACCUGCGGCUCGGAGCAGAAAGAAACGAAGACUGGAGAAGCUUCUAGCCACGGACCAACUGGCUACACUUCAUAUUCAGAAAGAAAAGGACGACCAUGCUGAGCGAGAGGAGAGAAUAUCGAAGAAGAGAGGAGGGAGGAAGGGUACGCGCCCCAUGAAAGCUCGAGCUUGGCUGCCUCGACAGGACGAGAGAGAUGAUACUGGACUGGGGAGGAUUCACGGAGCGAGGUUCGAUCUGCCCUGGUUCCACUGGUUCUACUCGUAUAUGGACGUGGACUUCUUCAGGCACAACGAGUUCAUUGAAUGUCUCGGUGGCAUGGGACUCGGGAAGAUUACGGCAGCAGCACGGCCGAUCUGGUCGUCUGUACGGGCGUCUAUGGGUCGUCCACGACGCCUCAGCCCGUUGUUCUUUUCCCAAGAGAAGGAGAAACUCGAGUCGUAUCGUGCGGUGAAACGCCGACUUGAUCCUGCACAUUUGCCAACUGGCCGGACGUGGCCGUAUCGAUGCACAGCUCCACUUCGCCGUGGGGCUCCAGUGAUAGUCUGGAGGGAGACGGAGCGAUGUUUUCGACUGGCAACAGUUGGUGCAUUUCGCGCGACUGAAGAAACCUGUCAGGUGUUUUUCUGCGACAACAUUUCUCGGAUUGAGGCUGUGCCUUGCAACUUGGAGAAUGUGAUGGUAUUGGACCUUCCGCCGUGGUCAAGGACAAGUGAAGACAGCAAUACAGAGUCUAAGCUAGCAGCAACCACGCUACUUCGACAGAAGAUCCGAGUUGUGCUCGCUGUGAAGAGUUUACUGCAACGCAAGGAGAAGAUCAUUUCCGCGCUUUCGAGCUUGAACGAGCGAGUCACUGAGCAGCAAAUGCGGCUGCAUGAGAAGAACGCUAUGAAGUCCAGUCUGUGGACAACUCCGACGGCUUUCUCAUCUGCAGCCGUGAAGAACCUUGUGUGGAGCAACCCAGUCGAGAAAGCUCAGAUGCAGAAGCAGCAUGCGUGGCUUGCUGCGAACCUGGAGGCCACCAAUACACACUUGAAGGCUGCCCUGCUGAGUCUCCAUGAUUGCAGCACUUUACCGACGGAGACGUUGGCAGAAGAUCAAAUGCGUUGGGCCAUCGAUUUCUUGGCUGCGAGUAAGCAAAAAGCGGCAUCUGUGGUUGCUGAGUCGGCGCUGCAAGUGGUCAAAGAUGACAAGGAGCUGGGGAGCGACACACAGCUUGGACGUGUGCUGCCGGAGACGAUGCCACUCGUGGCCAACUGUGUCACGUUGAUGAGCGUUCUCCACCGUCACGUCGCGGCGUCACCGGAUGUCCCCGCUGCUGUCACGCAGACACUUGUGGAGCGUGUGCUUGAGCUACUCAAACCCACUCAUGAGGCGAAUAUGGAUCUCUACGCUGAGCUCCGUUCCGCCGCAGAGGCCACACAGGCACAAAUGGCGCUGCUUGCGACCACUACUGAUACCGAUUAA